AUUUUAUUAGGCCAGCAGAGGGCAGAGUAUUACAAGCAGAUUGCACACAGAUAACAUGCAGAGAAGAGAAACGGCCUGAACCUGCAGGUAGUCUCAAGUGCAGUGCUAAGACACCUCAUCUCCCUCUCACACAAGCGUGUCUCAUUAUGCACCGUAUUAAAGUGCUCCAGGCUUCCUCUUUACACUUUGUUUACUUUCUAACGAUGUGAAUCCUCAAAAGUUUAAAGAAUGCCAGUUGGAAGGAAACUUCCCUGUCAAAAACAAAUGAAGUUUUUGUUACGUCGUCUUUUUUUCAGUUGACGAGUCUCUGUUUGUGAAGCAAAGCAGUAGUCCAGCUCACAGACGUACAGUAGCUUUGGCCGUCCUGUCUGCUCUGCUCAGUCCUCGCUGGAAGACUCUUCCGUCACCUCACGUUCCCGGUCUGUCUCUCCACUGCGCUCUCUCUCCACCGGCGUGAUGACACACUUCUCAUUGGCCUCUCCACUGGCCUCUUCGACACAAACAACCCAAAGAUGCUGAGGACGUGCUCUUUACCAGACCUCAGUAAAGUGUUCAGUGAUGCUGCAGAAGCUGAAGGUGCAGUCGCUCCUGACAGCAACCUUGAGAUUGAAGAUUUGGAGGAUAAAGCGGAUGAGCAGUCUGAAUCUGAGGAUGUGUAUGAGGAUGAUGAUUUGAGGGAGCUCAGAGCAUCUAUGGAGAGGCUUCUCCGGGAGCAGCGCAGUAAUGAUGAUGAUGAUGAUGAAGAUGAGGAAGAUGGUGGUGGAUCCAACAGCAGCCCAGCUGAUGAAGAGGCAGCUGGUCGAGAUGGGUUGGCUAGGGCUGGUGAUGACAAACACAGUCCAGAGGAACAGAGUGUUUUAAUGGAAUGGCUGAGCAAGAUGAUCAUGUUAGGCAUGGUGAAGAAGAACCUGGAGGGUCAGUUACUACAGAAUGGAGGUUGAGGAAGAUGAAGAGCAGAACCACAGUGAAGGCCAGCUCAAUGAAGAGUGGCAGUCUGGUAAUGCAAUCAUGACUGUAUCCAUAAACCACUGCAGAUGCUAACCGUAUCCUCAAACAGAUCACAAGGGUUGAAUGCAUGCACAAACACAGAACAGAACAGCUGCUAACUGCAUCCAUGAAUACAGCAUUGUGGCUAUCUAGAUCCACAAACACAGCACAGCAAACAGCACAACACAGCUAACU